AUGCCCAGGUUGGUUUUCACUCAUAAUAAUUCCCAGCAUGAUAAUGGCAGGAUUGUUAUAGGAUGGUGUCCAUCAUCAUUCCAUGUUAAUAUAUUGAGCAUGAGAAGUCAAUAUAUUCAUUGUGAAGUUAAGCCUACACAAGGUGGGCAGGAUUUCUUUUGUACAUUUGUGUAUGGGUUUAAUGAAAUAAGUAGUAGGAGUGCCUUAUGGGAUGGCAUUAGGGAGAUUUCAAAGAAGGUUGAAGGUGGUUGGGUGCUUAUGGGUGAUUUUAAUGCUCUGUCAAGUGUUGAUGAUAGAAUUGGAAGCACUGUUAGAGUUGCUGAAAUUAGGCCAAUGAAGGAAUGCUUGAAUGAAUGUGGUCUUGCUGAUGUGAAAGCUUCAGGUAGGUAUUUUACCUGGACUAAUAAGCAGGAGGGGGCAGCUAGGGUUUUUUCCCGGAUUGAUAGGGUAAUUGCUAAUAGUAUUUGGCUGGACUGGUUUGAUCAGGCAGCUGUAACCUUUUUACCAGAGGGUGAUUUUGAUCAUUCCCCUGUAGUGCUUAGAGUUUAUGAGGUGCCUUUGAUUAAAAGGCCUUUUAAAUUCUGCAAUAUGUGGUGCUAUUAUAGCACAAUGAUGGAUGCAGUGCAGGAGGCUUGGAGACUACCAGUCCAAGGAUGUCCCAUGUAUCAGGUGGUAGAGAAAUUGAAAAGAGUUAAAGGGGUGUUAAGAAAUUUGAAGAAACAGGGAUUUGGAGAGGCUGAGAAGGAUCUCAUUCAAGCUACUGAAGAGUUUUCUAUGAUUCAAGAUAAGCUUCAUGAGAACCCUGGGAAUAUUGAUUGUAUUGAGCAGGAGAGGAGUGCCAGGGGGAAAGUUCAGAGGGCUAAGAAGUGUGUGCAGGCCAUGCUUCAACAACAAGCUAAACUCAAAUGGCUUAAGUGUGGUGAUGAGAAAACUAAAUUUUUUUAUCAAGCCAUUAAGCAAGAAGAAGGCAGAAUAGUAUCAUGCUAUUCACAAUGA